UAACUAGUCAUAUAUCAUUCAAAGAAACCGUCUAUCUCUUAUGAUAUCGACUCAAAGUCUCAAACCCGAGUUCUCGAACUUGGUCUCGACUUUCUAAAAUGGCUGCCGACGGUAGUCAGGGACCCUUGGGGUCAGAUUCUAAAUUGAGAAUUAAGAUUGCUAUUGAUAGAGGCGGUACUUUCACUGAUUGCCUGGGCAUAAUCGAGGGACGAGAAGAUGAUAUUGUAGUGAAGAUUCUGUCUCAGGACCCUUCUAAUUACGACGAUGCACCUAUCGAAGGUAUUAGGCGUAUCCUUGAAAAGGCUACCGGAAAGAGUUUUCCUCGUAAUGAGCCAAUCGACACUUCUUUAUUCGAAGAUCUUAGCAUCCGCAUGGGUACUACGGUAGCAACGAAUGCGCUGCUAGAACGCAAGGGCGAGAAGGUUGGUCUUCUUAUCACAGAAGGGUUUGGGGACAGCUUAAAAAUUGGCCUCCAAUCACGGCCCAAGCUAUUCGAUUUGAACAUUGUCCGCCCAGACGUGCUGUAUGAGAAAGUCGUCGAGGUAGCUGAAAGAGUCACAGUCGAAGGCUACCAACAGAAUCCAUUCUAUGAGGAAGAAGUCGCGGCGAUCAGUAAGACGGCUGAGAGUGAUCCGGAUUUAGUUCAGGGCCUCAAUGGCCAAUAUAUCCGAAUCCUCAAACCUCUGGACAAAGAUCGCGUUAGAAGAGAUCUGCAAGGUCUUUACGAUGAGGGUAUCCGCAGUAUAUGUGUUUGUCUCGCUCAUUCAUAUACCUUCCAAGACCAUGAACGAGCUGUCCGAGACAUAGCUUCUGAGAUUGGCUUCUCUCAGGUGACACUGUCUUGCCUCACCUUGCCCAUGAUCAAAAUGAUUUCGAGAGGUAUGUCAGCUACUGCGGAUGCUUAUCUCACACCCGUCAUACAGCAGUAUAUUUCGGGAUUCCAGUCGGGCUUCACAGAUAGAUUGCAAUCGUCUAAUACGCGUUGCGCUUUCAUGCAAAGCGAUGGGGGUCUGGUAGAUAUAAGAAAAUUUAGUGGACUCCGCGCUGUUCUCUCGGGCCCGGCAGGAGGUGUCGUUGGCCACGCCGGCACUAGUUACGACCCGGAGGACAAAAUACCUAUUAUCGGAUUCGACAUGGGUGGCACGAGCACUGAUGUGUCUCGAUUUGAUGGUAUAUUCGAGCACACCUUCGAAAAUAUCACCGCAGGAAUAAACAUAAUGGCGCCACAAUUGGAUAUUAAUACCGUUGCGGCUGGCGGAGGAAGUAUUCUACAUUGGAGACACGGUCUCUUUGCCGUAGGACCUGAUUCGGCUGCCGCACACCCCGGUCCGGCUUGUUAUCGCAAAGGUGGCCCGUUAGCUAUUAGCGACGCAAACGCAUUGACCGGUCGUCUUUUACCUGAUUAUUUCCCCAAGAUCUUUGGGAAGAGCGAGAACGAGCCUUUAGAUGUCGAGAUUACUCGAAAGAAGUUCGCCGAGCUUGCUGCGCAAAUCAACUCGGAGACUGGCCAGAACAAGACCCCUGAGGAGGUUGCUAUGGGUUUUAUUGAUGUCGCUAACGAAACGAUGGCGAAGCCGAUACGCGCGUUAACAGAAGCCCGCGGAUACGAUACGUCGACUCAUCAUCUUGCUUGCUUUGGCGGUGCCGGAGGCCAACAUGCUUGCGCUAUCGCAACGUCGCUAUCGAUCACUAGAGUUAUUAUCCAUCGUUACUCCUCUAUCCUCUCUGCAUAUGGCAUGGCACUCGCCGAACUUGUUCAUGAAGCUCAAAAGCCUAGCUCCGGCGUCUUUACUACGACCGAGUCUGUUUUACCAACUGUUAACGAGCUGAAGGCGGAAGUAACUCAGGAACUUGAAUUUGAUGGGAUUUCAAAGGAUCGUAUAAAAUAUGAAGUUUAUCUGAACCUAAGGUAUCAAGGAACUGAUAAUAGUCUCAUGAUCCUCGAGCCGGUCGAUGGUGACUAUAUUGCAGAAUUCACCCGCCAACAUCAGCGUGAGUACUCGUUUACGUUCCCAGACAAGAACAUACUUCUUGAAGAUAUCCGCGUCCGUGGUAUUGGGGAGUCUAUGGAUAGUGCGAACGAGUCACCAAAUCGCGAGCUUGCUUCCGUAGCGAAAUUUAAUGUCACUAACGCUGACGAGGAUGGCAAGUCUCCCGUCUACUUUUCUGGAUUCGGUUGGACAGAUACACCUAUCUACCUACUUGAGAAACUGAAGCCUGGAUGCGUCAUUCAAGGACCUGCUACUAUCAUCGACAACACCCAGACUAUAAUUGUAGAGCCUCUUGUCAAGGCAACAGUUCUUAGCCGCCAUGUCAUACUCGAUCUCCCUUCUAAGAGGACUCAGACAUUGAGUACCACGGUGAUCGACCCUAUCCGGUUGUCGAUAUUUGGACACAGAUUUAUGUCGAUCGCAGAACAGAUGGGAAGGACUUUCCAAAAGACAUCGGUUUCCACUAACAUCAAAGAACGCUUGGACUUUUCAUGUGCCCUCUUCUCCCCUGACGGUCGUCUUGUUGCGAAUGCGCCCCAUGUUCCGGUUCAUCUUGGGUCGAUGGAGUACGCCGUUAGGUUCCAGAAUGAGAGAUAUCGGGAUACUCUUAAGCCAGGCGAUAUUCUCUGCAGUAAUCACCCUAUAGCUGGUGGCGUACAUCUUCCGGAUAUCACAAUUAUGACACCGAUAUGGGAUGCAGAAGGGAAAGACAUCAUCUUCUGGGUUGCUUCUCGAGGUCACCAUCCCGACGUGGGCGGGAUUAGUCCAGGCUCCAUGCCGUCCAAUAGUAAGUUCCUAUAUGAAGAGGGCGCUGCCACUAUAAGCUACAAGAUCGUUAGCGGUGGUAUCUUCAACGAGAAAGAGACACGUCGGUUCCUGUAUGACGAACCUUCGCAAUAUACAGGGUGCAGCGGAUCUCGCAACUACAAGGACAACCUUUCCGAUAUGCGCGCCGCGAUUGCGGCUAACAGAAAGGGUGCUAAUUUGAUUGACGCUCUUGUAAAAGAGUUCACCUUACCCGUUGUGCACAGAUAUAUGAACGCGAUAGCAGAAAACGCAGAGGUGGCGGUGAGGAACUAUCUCCGCUCGGUAGCCAAAAGACUGAAUGGCAAACCGAUCUCAUUCGAAGACUACAUGGACGAUGGAUCGGCCAUAGUUUUGCAGAUCCAAAUUGAUGGCGAGACGGGAAACGCAGUAUUCGAUUUCACCGGCACGUCGGAAGAAACCCUCAACUGCCUCAACGCGCCAAAAGCAAUUACUUAUUCUGCGGUUAUAUACUCGCUUAGAUGCCUCAUUAAUCAGGAUAUACCGUUGAACCAAGGCUGCAUAGCUCCUAUCGACAUCAUUCUUCCCGAAGGCACGAUUCUCAACCCCUCCCCGUGGGCGGCGGUCUGUGCGGGUAAUAGUAUUACCUCUCAGCGGGUUACCGACGUGAUACUAGGCGCUUUCCACGCGAUGGCUGCGUCGCAAGGAUGUGUAAACGUAUUUGGGUUUGGUAUAGGAGGCACGGACGAUUCGGGCAACGAGGUACCGGGAUUCGGUUAUAUCGAGACUAUUGCCGGCGGCUCGGGAGCCGGACCGGCAUGGCACGGAGCCUCUGGUGUGCACACGAAUAUGUCUAAUACGCGGUGUGCGGACCCGGAGGUAUACGAACUGCGUUACCCUGUGAUCCUCCGGAGGUGGACGCUUAGAGAGGGUUCCGGAGGAGCUGGUAGAUAUCGUGGAGGUGAUGGCUGUAUCCGCGACGUCGAAUUCCGGAUCCCGCUCCACGUCUCCGUCCUCAGCGAGCGACGUGUAAUGCGCCCGUACGGUUUAGAAGGCGGUGAACCGGGUGCUGUAGGUAAGAACCUCUACAUCAAAAAGGAAGAGGGCGGCAAGGAACGGACUAUCAACAUCGGAGGCAAGAUGGAGUUGGACGUGGUUCCCGGAGAGCGCGUUAUCAUCAACACGUAAGUUUGCUUCCAUCUGCAUACAUCUUCGAAGAAAACUGAUCGUUCCUAUCUGUAUAGUCCUGGUGGAGGAGGGUGGGGAACACCGGAACCCAACGGAUCAUCAUUAGGAAAAGGGGGUUCGACUAAUGGUGCUACGAUGAACCAGUUUGAACUACGAGGAAGUGUCCAUAAUUGGACUCUGACUGCAGAGGGUAUCUGAAAAUUGUUUACGGUGGGUUGCUUUGGUGAGAUCCAUUGUCACGUCGUUUCUGGAUCGAUAGUAAUUAUUCUUUUACUUUGGACUUAGGGAUCUGAUGAUAUUGAUCGUUUGUGGUAUUUCACGCCGGCAAUCAAGUUUAUUCUGUGAGCUCUUAGCGCGUUAGGGUUUGUCUAUGAUGUUGGGUUGGAUUGCGUUGCUAUAUCGUAAAGCAUAUAUCGGAAUAGUACUCUUGCCACUAU